CUCUUUCCUUUCCCUUUUUCCUCUCCAAGACCCCGCCUACCGGAAGCGUGUCUGCGCAGGAGGUCAGAGGUGAGAUGGGAGGCUGCUGCGGACCACGGUGAAUAACUGUUGCGUGCUGUGCUGAGGCUCCCGCGCGUUGAGUUGGAAGAACCAGGUUAGAUGACAGCUUAAGCCACCAAGAGAUCGGAUAAAAGCUAGCAUCUUAAACCAAGAUGUCAGGAGUUGGAAAUAAAAGAGCAGCAGCUGGAGAGCCUGGCACAUCCCUACCUCCAGAGAAGAAGGCAGCUGUUGAGGACUCUGGGACCACAGUGGAAACCAUUAAGCUAGGGGGUGUUUCUUCAACGGAGGAGUUAGACAUCCGGACACUGCAGACCAAGAACCGCAAGCUGGCAGAAAUGCUGGAUCAGCGGCAGGCCAUAGAGGACGAGCUGCGUGAGCACAUUGAAAAGUUGGAGCGGCGGCAGGCCACCGAUGACGCCUCGCUGCUGAUUGUCAACCGGUACUGGAGUCAGUUUGAUGAAAAUAUCCGUAUCAUCCUUAAACGUUAUGAUCUGGAGCAGGGUUUGGGAGAUCUUCUCACAGAAAGGAAAGCCCUUGUUGUGCCAGAACCAGAACCUGACUCCGAUAGCAAUCAAGAGCGCAAAGAUGACCGAGAGAGAGGGGAUGGGCAGGAGCCCGCUUUCUCUUUCCUGGCUACUUUGGCCAGCAGUUCCAGUGAAGAGAUGGAGUCUCAGCUGCAGGAGCGUGUGGAGUCCUCCCGCAGAGCUGUGUCCCAAAUUGUGACUGUCUAUGAUAAACUGCAAGAAAGGGUGGAUUUUUUAUCCCGGAAACUGAACAGUGGAGAUAAUCUAAUAGCAGAAGAAGCAGUGCAGGAGCUGAAUUCCUUUCUCACACAGGAGAAUAUGAGGCUGCAGGAAUUGACAGACUUGCUGCAGGAGAAGCAUCACACCAUGUCCCAAGAGUUCUCCAAGUUACAGAGUAAGGUGGAGACAGCUGAGUCACGAGUGUCUGUCUUGGAGUCCAUGAUUGACGAUCUGCAGUGGGAUAUUGACAAGAUUCGCAAAAGGGAACAGCGGCUCAACCGACACCUAGCAGAAGUUUUGGAACGGGUGAAUUCCAAAGGUUAUAAGGUGUAUGGAGCAGGGAGCAGUCUCUAUGGCGGCACAAUCACAAUCAAUGCCCGGAAGUUUGAGGAAAUGAAUGCAGAGCUUGAGGAGAACAAAGAGUUGGCCCAGAACCGACACUGUGAGCUGGAGAAACUUCGGCAAGACUUUGAGGAGGUCACUUCACAAAAUGAGAAGUUGAAGGUGGAGCUGCGGAGUGCCGUGGAGGAGGUGGUUAAGGAAACCCCGGAGUAUCGCUGCAUGCAGUCGCAGUUCUCCGUCCUGUACAACGAGAGCCUGCAGUUGAAAGCACACUUGGACGAGGCGCGAACACUGCUUCACGGCACCAGGGGAACUCACCAGCGCCAGGUGGAGCUCAUUGAGCGAGAUGAGGUGAGUCUCCACAAGAAGCUGAGGACGGAAGUGAUUCAGCUGGAAGACACGCUGGCCCAGGUCCGCAAGGAGUAUGAAAUGCUGAGGAUAGAGUUCGAGCAGACGCUGGCCGCCAAUGAGCAAGCAGGACCUAUAAACCGGGAGAUGCGCCAUCUCAUCAGCAGCCUCCAGAAUCACAAUCACCAGCUGAAAGGCGAGGUCCUGAGAUAUAAGCGGAAACUGAGAGAAGCCCAGUCAGACCUGAACAAGACGCGUCUGCGUAGUGGCAGUGCCCUCCUGCAGUCGCAGUCCAGCACUGAGGACCCUAAGGAUGAACCCGCAGAGCUGAAAACGGAUUCUGAGGACCUGUCCACCCCGUCCUCAGCAUCAAAGUCAUCUCAGGAGGAUGGCAACGAAAUUAAGUCCAAGCGAGACGAGGAGGAGCGAGAACGAGAAAGGAGGGAGAAAGAAAGGGAGCGAGAAAGAGAACGAGAGAAAGAAAAGGAGCGAGAACGAGAGAAGCAGAAACUGAAAGAGUCAGAAAAAGAGCGAGAUUCCGUUAAGGAUAAAGAGAAGGGGAAACAUGACGAUGGAAGGAAAAAGGAAGCAGAAAUUAUUAAACAGCUGAAGAUUGAGCUGAAAAAGGCACAAGAGAGCCAGAAGGAGAUGAAGCUAUUGCUGGACAUGUACCGCUCCGCCCCGAAGGAACAGAGGGACAAAGUUCAGCUAAUGGCAGCUGAGAAGAAGUCUAAGGCAGAGUUGGAAGAUCUAAGGCAAAGGCUUAAGGAUUUGGAGGAUAAGGAGAAGAAAGAGAACAGGAAAAUGGCUGAUGAGGAGGCGCUGAGGAAGAUCCGGGCCGUGGAGGAGCAGAUAGAGUAUCUUCAGAAGAAGCUGGCCAUGGCCAAGCAGGAAGAAGAAGCCCUCCUGUCCGAGAUGGAUGUCACAGGCCAGGCCUUUGAAGACAUGCAGGAGCAGAAUAUCCGCCUGAUGCAGCAGUUACGGGAGAAGGAUGAUGCAAAUUUUAAGCUCAUGUCAGAGCGAAUAAAAUCUAAUCAGAUCCAUAAGCUGCUGAAAGAAGAGAAGGAGGAGCUGGCAGAUCAAGUUUUGACUCUGAAGACUCAGGUGGAUGCCCAGUUACAAGUGGUAAGGAAGCUGGAAGAGAAGGAGCACCUGUUACAGAGCAACAUUGGCACCGGGGAGAAGGAGCUGGGCCUUAGGACCCAGGCUUUGGAGAUGAACAAGCGCAAGGCGAUGGAGGCAGCCCAGCUUGCAGAUGACCUCAAAACACAGCUGGAAUUGGCUCAGAAGAAACUACAUGAUUUUCAGGAUGAGAUUGUGGAGAACAGUGUCACCAAAGAAAAGGACAUGUUCAAUUUCAAACGAGCCCAAGAGGACAUUUCUAGACUUCGAAGGAAACUGGAGACUACAAAGAAACCAGACAAUGUACCCAAAUGUGAUGAGAUUCUGAUGGAAGAGAUUAAGGAUUAUAAGGCACGUUUGACCUGUCCAUGCUGCAACAUGCGUAAAAAGGAUGCCGUGCUCACCAAGUGCUUCCAUGUGUUUUGUUUUGAGUGUGUGAAGACGCGCUAUGACACCCGUCAGCGCAAAUGUCCCAAGUGUAAUGCUGCUUUCGGUGCCAACGAUUUCCACCGCAUAUACAUUGGUUGAUCCGAUUCCAGAGAAGAGGAGGAGCUGGCCAGACAAGCACUUACUCAUCACCACCAAACCUCUCCCUCUUCUCUCUGUCCCCUUUCCUCCUCAGCUGCACACCCAGGUUCUCCUCCCGCAGUAGCUAGAUGACUUCAGGGAAAGGGACCGGUAAAUGCAAGUGUGAGGUUUUAGAAUGAAUUGUAAACAAACUCAUGUUUGUCUUUCCUGCCAUCUUUAUUUCUUGCUCUGAGACUUUAAGCAUUUUUUAUUGGGUCCAUUGUAUAAUACUGGAUUGUCCACUCCUCCUGAGAAACCAAGCUAGUAUUUUUGAGGUGGAGAAGGGAGAAAAGAGGACAAGUGUGCUACUAUUUUGGGGAAAACGACCUUGUGGAAAUAAGCUACCCAUGGCUGCAGAUGUUUCUUGUUUGGGGUAGUAAAAUUUUUGUAAACUUGGAUUAAAAAAUGAUACAAUUGUGCUCCUCUCCUGGAUUGUUUGAUGCCUUAAUGAAAUUAUAUCAAGGAUAACUCAGUGUAUUUCUCAUUUACUAGCAAAGUACCUUUUAAGGUCAGCUGUAUUUCUGUUAAAUAUAUUUAAAUUUUUAAUGUUUAACUACUUAAAGCUUUAAAUUUCUUGAGGCCAGAAUAAUUUCAAACUAUUAUAGCCCCUUUGUCUUCUAAGGAAAUCAAAAUUGGGAAAAGAUGAACAGGAUGGAGAUGGUGAAGAGAUCUGGAUAAUCUGGGAAAUGAGAGCAGAGAGGUCUGGAUGAGCUGUGAAUUACUCACUUCCUCAUUUCUGCAGGGAUUGGGGUGAUCUUUUGUUUUCCAGAAGAUUAUCCGCAAUGUUUCCAUAGGACUUUAUACUCUACAAGCUUCAAUUAAGGCAGGAUUCCAUUUUCUUUUGUGUUUGUGAUUUUUCUUUUAAACAUUUUUCUUUGUUAUUACUAGUUAAUUUUAUACUUUCUAUUUUAGCAUGACUUCUCUUGAAUAGAAAUAGUCAUCUUGGACUAAGAUGGGCAGCUGUGUUUGAAGUAUUUAGUUCUUUGCUUAACCGAAAUAGUUUCUCCCAGCUGUUUGGGUCAGUUCUGGGGAGAGAGAAUGCCUAAAAGAUGAUGCUUUAUUUGACUUCUAAAUUCUCUUCCAUAGUUAACCAUGGGGAAUAAGAGUCAGUGGUUUGUUUUUCAGGGCGUCACUGCCUGGCACUUUUAGGUUGAAGGUUCUAGAAUUGUUAGUUUUAUAAUAACCAGUGAACCAGAACUUUUCUCUCUAGUGUAGGAUCAUAGAAAGUGGAUCCCUCUGGAUCUCCCACGUUUCCUGAAAGUAGUAGUUCCUAGCUGUAAUUAGUAAGACUUUGAUGAAUUUCUUAAAGUCAUACGAUGUGGGUUAAGAAAUGAGUCUAAGUGGAACACACACACACACACCACUGCCCCUAAUGGGAUGAAGCCCCCUUCUCUAGACACAUGGGUGCAUUCUUUUCAUUAAUGUAAUACUUUGCUUGCUGCUUCAGGUUUUUGUUUGUUUGUUUUGGGGUUUUUUGUUUGUCUUGUUUUUAUAGGGGAAGCUUGAGUAUAACUUUGUUAACUGAUGGCCAGUGACUGCUUGGGCAACAGGUGGUUUAGGUUUGGACAUUAACUCUUUAUGACAAUUGACCGAGAAAGCCAACAAGCCUGUACCAGGGGACGGUGAGGUUUGUGGGAUAUUGUUGAGAAAAACACUAAUCCUGUGGGAAGCUGCGUUUUGGGAAACUGCUGGCAUUGAGAAUCUGAGGUCCAAGUGAAACAGAGUGAGCAAUCAAAGUCCUUUCAAAUAAUAACCAGAAAAGGACCUGUUUCUUUGGCAAUCUAUUUCUCUUCUGUAGAAAUAGUCAGUGAAUGGGCUAUUACAUAUUAUUGAAUUGUAUACCAGAUUUCAUUUGGGUUGGAUGUGUAUUGGUUUUAACUUUUUCAGAUUUUUUAAAGAAAUUUGGAAAAUCAUGAUCUCCCAGGGAUUAGAAACUACAAAUGUAGAUCCAUCUGAACUGUAAAGAAAUUUCUUUCAUAUCUGGAAAUGAAUUUCAGUGGUUAUUAUAGAAGUACUUGAGGCUUAUUAAACAUUUCAUAUCUUGUA